GCGGAGCCGGCAGCGGGCUGUGCCUCCGGGGCUCCGAAGGGCCCUCACGCACUCCAGCUGCUUAGAGUUUUAUUACCAUGUCCGCCCACGAAGAAGGAGGACGGGAUCCUCCCAAACCCAAGGGCAAGACCCUGGGGAGCUUCUUGGGGUCCCUGCCUGGCUUCAGCUCUGCCCGGAACCUAAUGGCCAGCGCCCACAGCUCAGCGAAAGAGGCCCAGCCAGUCACCGAUCCUGCAGGAGCCUCUGCCCAGCCCCAGACUGAGGCAGCCACCAACCUGGAGCAGACGGCCCAUGGGGAGAAGCUACCACCGCCUUCAGAUAAGAUGACCUCUGGGGCAAAGGACCCGGUGUGCUCUAAGAUGACCAAGACCAAGGGUGCCAUCUCCUCUGGGAUGGCCAACAUGGUGGACACAGCUAAAGGUGUGGUGCAGGGAGGCCUGGGCGUGACCCGGUCUGCACUCACGGGCACCAAGGAGACUGUGGCCACUGGGGUCACUGGCGCAGUGGAUGUGGCCAAGGGCACCAUCCAGACUGGUCUGAACACUACCAAGACCGUCCUGACAGGCACCAAGGAUGCAGUGUCCACUGGGGUGACAGGGGCAGCGAACAUGGCCAAGGGCACCAUCCAGACUGGCCUGGACACCACCAAGACCGUCCUGACGGGCACCAAGGACACUGUGUGCAGUGGGAUGACCAGUGCCAUGAAUGUGGCCAAAGGAGCUGUCCAGACUGGCAUGGACACAUCAAAGGCCAUCCUGACUGGCACCAAAGAUGCAGUGUCCACUGGGCUCACCAGGGCAGGGAGUGUGGCCACAGGGACAGUGCAGACCGUUCAGAAUUGGUUACCUGGUACCCAGGACAGUGGACUCCCCAGUUACAGUGCCCCAGACAAAGGAGGGGAGCAAACUAUCCUGAGACCCCAGGAGGCUCUGUCCUCUGGGGUAUCCAGCGCCCCGGACACUCUCUGUACCGGCCUGGACCUUGCCAGGGAAGCCACUGCCGUGGCCACGGGCACCCAUGGGGCCACCCUGGGCAGGGAGGAUGCAGGACACGAAGGAGCCGUGAGCUUUGCAACGCUCCAGGACGAGCUGGGGGAGCUGGGGGAUAUCUUCCACCCCAUGGAUGCCGGGGAGCAAGCUCGGCUUGCUGCGUCCGAACCUGAGCCAAAGGUGCUCACGGCCGACCGCGGCAGCUAUUUCGUGCGUCUGGGUGACCUGGCCCCCGGCUUCCGCCAGCGGGCUUUUGAGCAUGCCCUGAGCCACCUGCAGCACAGCCAGUUCCAGGCCAGGGCUGCGCUGGCCCAGCUGGAGGACUCCUUCGAGCUGAUUGAAAGGGCCAAGCAGGCUCCAGAAAGCCAGCCAUGGCUGGACCAGGGUCCGAGCAGCAGAGUGGAGGGAGCCGCUCCCCAAGAGGUAUGUAACAAAGGGCCAUGGCUCCUGCUCGUCUACCCCAACUCCUGCUUACCUCACCCCUUCCCUCCCCCGCAGGUGCCAGGCUCCGGGGCUCUGUCCAGGGCCUGCGGCCUCAUCCAGCAGCUCCACGUGGCCUACAGCACCCUGGCCUCCGGCCUCCAGGGCCUCCCCUCUGAGCUCCAGCAGCAUGUCGGGCAGGCGCGCCACAGCCUCUGUGAGCUCUACGGCCUCGUCUCCUCAGCCAGCUCCGUGGAAGAGCUGCCGGCACAGCGCCUGGCCCAGAGCCGCGGGGCCGUGGGCCAGGCAUGGCAGAAGCUGGAGCAGAUGCUGGAGAGUGUGCAGCACGGCCCGCCGCCCAGCUGGCUGGUGGGGCCCUUUGCCCUGCACCCCGCUGGGCAGCAGCUGUAGGUCCCUCCUGCCCACGGAGCCCUCCGCGGAGCCUUCUCCCUAGCCCAAACCAGUUCCAAAUCCCCGAAGGUCUGGACCCCGCACGCUGGCGCUGCCUAGCACCCGUGGGGGGCACCCAGGACUUCGAGUUCAGCCGCACCGCACACCCGGCUCUGGCCCUGCCUACGCCGUCCACCCUUUCUUCCCAAGCACCGCUGGGCCUUCUCCUGCCCCAGGGGCCCAGGGCUGCUAAGACCGCUGACAGAGGGCCUUCCCCUGAAGGUCUCAAGCAAGCACUCCAAUUAGAAAAGAGAAGUGGAAACAUGCCUAGGUCUAGAAGGUUCUCCAGUCAGCAGCCUCCACGAGGCACCCUUUCAUCUUUGGGGCAGCCCAGUCCAGGUCCUUUAGCUACGGGCACAGCAGGUGCUCCUCCAUCCUGGGCUCCUGGAGCACUGUCCUCACUCCAGAAGCAUACACCCCAGCCCUCAGCAAACCGUGUUCCAUUGUACCGGAAGGUACCAGAAUGCCACUGCCACCCGCGCGGGCUCCCGCCGCCUCUGCUGACACCCAGUGUGGCCUCGGCCCACCCCCAGAGCUGAUGAUUUGUGGUCCCCAAGGCCCCUGGGCUGAGGAAGGAACGAGAGGUGUUUCCCGUGGGGGAUGGGGCCCUAGGGGGUAUAUGACAAAAUGUGCUCAACACGGUCCCACACUCACCCCAGGCUGGAGAACACGGGCUGGGACACACGCAGCGUUCCCUCUUUCCCAGCCACACUGUCCCUAAAUGCCCAGGGCAGCCACGCGAGAUGGGUGGCACCGUGAGGAAGCUGAGGCUCCCCCUCACUGGACCUCACCUGUCCUCCAGCUGGGGGACGCCCUGCCAAGGAAGCCCCCGUAUCCCACCCACAAUCCCCCCAAUCAGGCUACCUCCCUCCCUUAAGGAGGGCUUGAGGUGCCCUCAUACCAGCCCCCUCUCAGAAACGAUGGAGCGCUCCAAGCUCAGGACACGAGGCCAGCCUUCCCCAAAGGGUCGUCAUUAGUUCCCAGGAGCCGGCCAUGGUGAGACGCGGGGACAGGUCCAGAAGCCUCUGGGGCCCCUUCCUCCUCAGUCUCCACCACAGGUGGAGGCGCUGGGCACACGGCCAUUCACGCCAACUGAGCAGUCACUGGAGCUUCAGUCCAGCCAGACCAAAUGGGGGGGCGCCAGGCUCAGAAGUCCCACACCGCACCAUGGCCCCAGCUAGGAUGGAGGCACUUGACGAGGGGCAGGGCGGAGGACACACGGUGGACCCCACUGUUGAUGCAGGUGCCUGGCUGGGAACCACAUACACGUCUGUCCAAAUCCAUGUGCUGGCCCUGGGAGCCUGGAGCCACUUUACAGGUGAGGAACGAGAAGCCCAGAAUGGGAGUGCCACUUGUCCAAGGUCACAGAGCAAGGCCUGCCCCCAACACUCACAUCCUCUGAACAUCAAGGACAACGGCCAGCCCACAGCACCCCCCAAAGCCUGAAUGGCUUGAAUGCCCUAAGCUGCUGCUUCUGGGGACCCUGGGUCUUCCCUGCAGCCCGGCCAAGAGCAGGAAUGGGAGCAAGGCCCUGCAAGAACGUCUGGGCUCUAGGAUGCUGCAUGCGAGAGGAUCAGACCGCAGCCUCUGCUCGAGCCUGCGUUACUUCUAAAAUGGCCUCCCACCUCCCCUCUCCCUCACCGUCAGCUCUGCAGGCCCAGGCCGGGCAGGGGGUGUCAGAACCGAGUUCACAUUCACUGUGAACGGUGACCUUGUGGCUUAAACCCUCUGUCCCUGGAGGGGCCCCAGACAGCUACACCAGCAAUCCUAGAAAACCAAGCCAAUAAAAAUGAC